UCUCAGUCUGGCCUCGGUAAGGAUCGAUUUGCAUUGGGAGCGAGAGAGAGCUGGGUCGAGUUUUGUUCAGGAAUAGAUCGCCUUCUUGUGACAUUGCAGAACUGCAAAGUGUGGGAUGAGUUGAAGGUGAUGUUAUGGAGCAGGAUCGAACCCAGGCUGAGGUUGGGUGGGGGCGCCCGGGGAUGACGGACGCCCGAUCAAUGGUAGAUGCCAUGCAAGACCCGGCAUACCUUGCAGCAUUGGCAGGUCACAGUUUUCAGGGCGCCAGUUCCCAAGCGGGACCGGUGAGCUUGCCUAGUGGCCUCCCUUCCUUCAACAGCAUGGUAGGGAGUCAAGGGGCUGUGGGCAUGCAGGGAAGGGCUGGGUACCCUGGGGGUGGGGACAUGUCGAUGUUCUACCCAAAUCAGGACAAUGCGCCAGGUGAUUUCAGAAGGUCAGGCAUACCCGAUGCAGUCACUCCCAAUGAUGCGCAGCUGAGCCUCAAGAGGAGGAUAAGUCAGUUGGUCCAGAUGCGAGCCAUGCAGCAGACACUGUUCGGGGCAGGGGGAACAGGAGGACUGGGAGGACAAGUUGGGGGACCAGGAGGACAAGUUGGGGGACCAGGAGGACAAGUUGGGGGACCUGGAGGACCCGUUGGCGGUCUGGGGGGAUUUGGGGGAGCUGUGGAAAGCCCUUCCCCACUGUUCCGUGCCCAGUCGUUGCCCCAGUUACACAGAGGAGAAAACACAGGAGGAAAUGUUACAGGGCUUGAUGGAAAGACGCAGUCACAGAAGGAUCUUCAAUAUGGUUCCCCGAGUCCCCGAUCCUUGGCCAGUAUGAUGAUGUCUGCUCCAUCAUCACCCUUGGCCAGGCCUCUCUCGAGGCCUUCUUCCAGGCAAGACCUGCAGGACAUGGCUCAGAGUCCUCAGGGAUUCAUGAUGAAACAGGAUGUCCAGAAUGCUUUGCAACAUCAACAGCAGCAGCAGCAGCUAGUAGGGCAGCAACCACAACUUCCACACCCAAAGAACAUGCAGCAUCCACAACAGCGGGUUAAUCAUCUUCAACAUCCAGGGCAGCAGCCUCAGUCAUCACAUCAUCAAAAUAUUCCUCAUCAACAGUUGGCAAACCAACAGCGUCAACUUCAACAACAAAGGCAGCAGCAGCCUCCAGAUAGUCAUCAACAGCACAUGCAGCAACAACAGCAGCAUCCUCAACAUCCACAAAACAUGCAGCAACUUGGAAAUCAGCAACAUAUAUUUCAGAAACAAGUACAAAGUCAGCAGGAGGUGCAGCAACAACAGGUGGGAGGCCAACAGUUCCAACAUAUGGCUCAUCAACAGCAGGGACAUGGUAGUCCUCAUCCUCAUCAUUUCAACAUGCAACCACAUCAACAACUUGGGCAGCAGCAACAGCAGCCACAGCAGCAAGGGCAACAGCUUCAAAAGCCUGGAAGUCAACUGAAUAUGCAGGAACAAAUCAGUAAUCUGGUUGCUCAUCAACAGCAUCCACAGCCAAUGAAACACCCACAGCAGCAGAUGCAACAACAGCCAAACCAACACCUUCAACAUCCACAACAGACUGCAGAAUCUUUCAAGAAGCCAUCACCACAAAUGCUGCCCCCUCAAGCUCCUCCUCAAUACUGGAAGACGUCUCAGGGAAAUCAAGAUAAUAACAUUCUCAGUACAAAUCCAUCAUAUCCAUCACUGAAUGCAUUUGUCACAACAACUGCUUCAAGCUCAACUGUGAUGUCAUCUGGUCCUUCAGGAGCUCCUGCCCCUGGUAACCAGAUGUUUGAUCCUAUGGCAUCUCACACUCACAAACCAACCGGACAACCACCUCCCCCUAAGUUCCCUGGCAAUCAGAAUAACAUGAUGCCAGGAAACUUUGAUCAACAAUUUCAAAACAUAAAGGGGGUCAGUGCAAGUUUUCCAACCUACCAAGUGUCUUCAGAAAGUAAUUUUUCAAAUUCUGUUGGCUUUAAUGGCAAUCUGUUAAGCAAUUCUGAAGUCAAAAAUACAAACAUUGAUGGACAAAAAGGCAACGUAAAUUCUGUACCAGACGUUAAGCCAGUGAAUGCAGAACCUAACAAACCUAAAAAGCCCAGGAAGCCCAAAGCGAAGGUUGAAAAGACCCCUGAUAAGAGCAAAAUUUCAGAUUUGAUGGCUUCAGAUAUCGACAGACAGCUUCUUGCUAUGUUUCCCCAAUAUCACUUUUAUCUUGAUCAGAACACAAAGCCAAUGGAGGAUGUCAUGCCAUUACCAGUUGGCAAGAAACUCAAAAAGAAAAGACCAGCCAACUUGACCCCAGAUGGAGAACCCAAAAAGAAGAAGAAGGUGAAGAAAAAGGUUGACGGAGUCCUCCCUGAAGGUAUUCCACAACAUCAGCCAGGGUUCCCCAAGACUCCUUUAUUAGCUUCAGAGGCUGCUCCUCUAGACACAGAUCUGAGCAGGCAGCAACAAGAGGACAAGAAGGUUGCUCAGAUCCUGGCAGCAAUCAAAGAUCCAAAAGUAGAAGCAGUUCCUCCUGGAAAUCCUCUGAUGAAUCAUAAAAAUUUGUCUAGUGCUAAAAUUGCUACUCCAAAUUCUCUACCAUCAUUUCAGUCACAACGUGAUGGAGAACCUGUGAUUAGUGCUGAUCCAUUUCAGUUUGAAGAUGAUGACGAUCCUGGUGUUAUUCUGCAGCCUAGUCUGUGUAAGAAAUCAGCUCAAGAAUCAAAAUUAUCUCAGCAUGAGAAUCUUCAUCAUGUUCUUGGAGGAAGCGGUGGGAAUCUGGAUAAAUUUUGUUGUGAUCAUUGUGAAGAAACUGGUGAUCUGCUGUCUCUACACUGCCAGAACAAACACUCACAUAACUCAAUGCCACUGAACCAGACAGUAUCACCUCAUCCUGAAGGAUCUCAAAAGCAGCAGGUUCCUGUUCAAGGACACACUCCAAUGUCAUUCACAUAUCAUAACACCCAAAGUCUUUCAUUUUCUCAACAGAAAAGUCUUAGUGCUGGAUCCAUGGCUGUCACUACUGGAUCGGACCCUGUAGCUUCCUCCAUUAAGCUUGAACCUCUUGGUGUCAACAUGACACCUUCUGAAACAAAACUCCCUGUUAAGGAUUACAUACUAGAUCAAGGGCCCCAAACUCAGGCCAAUCCGUUAGCCAAUCUACAAGCUUCAGUUCAGAGUAUAUUUGAUAGUUCACUAAACCAAAUAAAUGAUCCUCGUGUUCAAAUUCCACCCGAAAUGCUAAAUGAAUAUUUGAACAAAACAGAGGGAAUUGUGAAAAGUAAGAUACUGUGUGAUGGACUGACUCCAAAUAAACAAUUCUCCAGUAAAAAUGCUGAUUUUUUGUCCACAAAUUACAGUCCACCACAUGAUAUUAAACCAGUUCCUCCGUCUGUGCCAUCUGCGCUGAAUCAGUCAAAGACAGACAGCAAAGUUGAUGUGAAUAUGCCAGAGCUUUCACCAGGCAUGAGAGUCGGUCCGGAGGGUACCACCACGCCGCAGACGACACCGACAAAAGACAAGAACUGCAAGGUCCAGUUCAACAUUGAUGAUGAUGAUCUCUUAACGGAUGAAAUUCCAAUAAAGCUCGGAUCAGUAGAGGAGGAACUCUUUGACCGACUCAAGAACAACAAGUCUGAGGUUCCUCACUGUGAUUGCUUAGGACCCAACUAUGCCCAGAAUGAGAGUAUUGAAGGUCCGUAUUAUACCCAGCUUGGGUCUGGCCCUGAUAUCCCAUCAAUCAGAAAGCUGCUGGAAGAAAGAACCGGAACAACAGGCAAUGCCAUUCGUAUAGAGAAGAUAAUCUACACGGGCAAGGAAGGGAAGAGUACACAAGGAUGUCCUGUUGCCAAAUGGAUCAUCCGCCGGUCAGGUCCAGAGGAAAAAUACCUCUGUGUCCUCCGCCAUCGCCCUGGACACUUCUGUGCCAACGCCUACAUCAUUUCUGUCAUGGUGGCCUGGGAUGGGGUACCAUCAGAUAUUGCCGAUGAUCUCUACAGCUACUUGAGCGGAACUGUCACCAAGCUAGGAUUUGAGACUGAAAGAAGAUGUGGUACGAAUGAGAGGAAAACCUGUGCUUGUCAGGGAGUUGACUUGGUGAGACGAGGUGCUUCAUUCUCGUUCGGCUGUUCAUGGAGCAUGUAUUUCAAUGGCUGUAAAUACGCUCGCAGUCGGGAUGCUAGAAAGUUUAAGCUCAAGGACACAGUAAAGGAACCAGAGCUUGAAGAGAGGCUACAAAAUCUGGCCACUAUGGUGGGACCCCUGUAUGAGACCGUGACACCAGAUGCCCAUCGAAAUCAGUGUCAGUUUGAUACAGAGGGAGGUGAGUGCCGCCUCGGUAGCAACAAAGCUCGUCCGUUCAGUGGAGUAACUGCCUGUGUGGACUUCUGUGCUCAUGCUCACAAAGAUCUCCAUAACAUGAACAAUGGCAGCACAGUGGUUGUGACCUUGACCAAGCACAGAGGGUUCAGUAAGCCUGACGAUGAACAGCUUCACGUGUUGCCAUUGUAUGUUCUCGACCCAACAGAUGAAUCUGGAAGCGCUGAAGGACAGCAGGAGAAGAUCAGAAACGGAUGCCUUGAAGUCCUGUCCAACUAUCCACUUGAGGCAAAAAUGAGAGCUCAACCCCUUACCCCAAAGAAAAGAGGAAAAGCAGCCAAGAAAGACAGCCCAAAUGCUAAGAAGAAGAAGGACCAAGAACAGGCGAUACCACAGCCUCCAGUCCCCAAUGAGCCACCCCCUGGUAAAGAACAGAAAGCCAUGUUGGAACAUCUGAUGAAGAAAGUGAACAAUGAGAGCAUUUCAUUCGAGGAUCUCAUGUCUCACUCCUAUCUCCCAGGCUUUAAUGAACUGUAUGGCAAAUUCUGGGAUUACUUCUAUGCUAAUGGUACAUUCCCUCCUGGAACUUUCUUGUCUAAAUGGGCAGCUAAUAAAAUGUCAUUGUUUAAUAAUCAAAAAUCAGACGGUGCUGGAAACCAUUUUAAGAUGGAAAAUAAUCAAAUGCAUCAUAAUCCGCACCAUCCUAAUAUUCCAAACCACAAUUGUCCUCCAUCACAGGGUCAACAUUUAAACCAAGGUCAAGGGCAGCAAAAUGGAAUGACCCCCAACUCUCAAGAUCAAGGGUUGAAACAUGAAGGUCAUAACCCAUUCAGUCAUCCAUCAACUCCUCAAAAUGGUGCAUCUCAGGAACAACAUCUAGUAUCAUCGAACUCAUUCUCAUCGCCACUGGACAUGUUGUCAACUGCUGCAGUAAUGCAGAACGGAGAUAAGCUGUGUGCCAAUGGACCAGGAGGUGCUCAAAUACCACCUCAAUAUUCAUCUUCCCAACCAGUGCCUUCCCAGCCUGGUCCAAUGUCAGGUCAAGCAGGUCCUCCUCAUCCUCAGACAACUCAGGAUCAACCACAUCCGUCUGGAUACCCAGCUAUGCAACAUCAAGCAUCAUCACUGCCACAACAUCCGAACCAACAUUCCAGUGCAGACGGCAAAUCUGACUGUAACAACCCCAUGGGGUUCAAUAAUAGGGCACCCUGCAAUCCAGCAGGGCCAUCAAUGUGCAAUGGAGGUGCAGACAAAUCUGCAUUGGACUGUGGGAAUCAGAACAGGUUUAAUGCUAAUGAGCCUUCUGAGUGUAUAAUAGACCCAACUGUUGUCAAAUGUGAGUGGGAGUACAACGAGGAAGUGUUCCGUGAUCCAAAUAUCGGUGGUGUUGCCAUUGCCCUAGGGCAUGGUGCUGUGCUGUUUGAAGUUGCCAAGCGUGAGCUACACGCGACUACUGCUCUGAAAAACCCAAACCGCUAUCAUCCGACCAGAAUAAGUCUAGUUUUCUACCAACAUAAAAAUUUGAAUUAUCGGCAUCAUGGCUGGUAUGAAAAUGAACGAAAAAUGGAAAUGUUGCAGAAGAAGUUGGAGAAAAUGAAAGACCCCAUUGAAAAUGAAGUCCCUGUAAAUGGGGCUGUCAAUGGAGCUGUGAAAAUCGUUAAAAAGAAGAAGAAAAAGGAAACUGUCGAUUUUGCAAAAACUUCAGCAGCACAGUACAAAUACAUGUGGGAUGCGCCUGUUCGACAUGGCGUUUCCUUGACAACAGACUCUAUUAUUACACGCUGGAUAGAUCCGCAGCCAAUGGUUUCAGGCCCCUAUCAACGAUGGGUUUGAUCAACCAAUCAGAUAUAUUGUUCAAGGAUAAUUGGGUUUAUUAUAUGUAAGCAUUUUCCAUCCUAGUACUUAUCUCUAGAUUCAGAACAUAUUCUUGUUAUUGUUAACACCGUACACAAACAGCUUGUAACAUUGUUGUGCCAACAUUCAUGUCAUUUGUUUUUUUGUUAAGCCUCUUCAUCUUCUUUUAAAAAUAACAGUUAAGGUUUUUGCCACGUUAAUCUUGUAUUUUUGGAUAGAAUGUGAAUAUUCUGUUUUUGGCUAUUCCAUUGUGCUUCAGACAGAGGAAGUGCUAUGUUUUAAAGAUCAACUGUUAACUGUUAUGUCUUUCAUCUCAGUAUGUUUUAAAUUGUGCUAUAAGUGAAUUGUUACAUUUUCGAAACAGGAAUGCAUACCACAGAUGUCAUGUAUUCAUGAGCGUGGAACCGGUGUGCAACAACUGAAAACAAUCAUCCGUUUCAUUCGUCCAAACAUCUCUUAAACAGGCAUAAAUGUGAGAUUUUUCUGAUAGUAAUCCUAGCUAAGAGAUUGUUGGAAAUGACUAUUUACAUAAGUUGUUUAUUAUUUUCCCCAAUUAUGAACGUUUUUCUGUGGUUUUACUAUGUUCGUGCUGUGAGAAAGUGCUGUGAGAUGCUGACGAUUUUCAAGAAAUUUAAUUUCACAAAAGUAAAGAGCUUAUUUCGAGAAUUGUAAAUGGUACGACGACUUGACAAAUUGUGAUCUUGAUUUCUUGAAAGUAAUUCAGUGUAAUGCAUGUCUGAUACUGCUUGUAUACAACUAAUUAAAUUAUAAUUUAUAUGAUAGUGAUUUUAGUUAGCAUAAUUUAAGGCAAUGAGCAAUACUGCUCGACUCUUAUUAACUCAGGGGUUUUCAAUAUAUUGUUUAGUAUACUCACAUGUAUAUGAAGUCCCAUAUAUGACUUUAUUAAAGAGAAAUAGUAUACAUUAUGAAUAUACAUGCAGUGUAUAUUCAGAGAAAUGCCUGAACAUAUUCGUACAUACCUGCAUAGUGUCUGUGUGUGUUGUUAUUGUUGCUUUGAGUGAAGAAUGUAAUUAGUUAGUUAAACCCCUAAUUAAGUCAAAUUAGAACCUACAAAUGUGUCAGAAAUCUCUGAAAAAUUCAAUUUUUAUUUAACUUCCUUUUAAUUAAGAUAAUCAGUUUUGUGCCAUGACAACGUUGACUACACUUCUAAUGAACUGAUGUUCAAGAACCAUCUUAUGAUUAUGAAUAUGAAAAUAUGAAUACAUUUUGAAAAUCCUUUAACAAAAGCAGGAUUUGAUAGUCUGGGUAUGCUUGGAAUUCUUAUUUAAGUUCAUCUGAUCUGAUUUCCUCAUUACUUUGAUUCAUAAUGGCAGCUGAAUUGUAAUUUGUGUAUAGUGGUUAAUAUUAUUGGAUGAUCUGAUUCUUCAGUCAAGGGGUGUCAGGUAGGAUCUAGGCUAGGAGUGUGACUUAAGUACAGUAUAUAUUGUGUCUGUGUUUUGUUCAAAAUGUGAAGUAAUCUCCACUUGUGGAAUGUAUUCUGUACAUUGGUUGCAAUUGUAAUAUAAGUUAAGUCAUUCUUAUUCUGCAAUAGUUGACAUCUGUAAUUUUUAAACUGAUAUAUUGUUAUAACAGGCAUAAAUGUGUGUAUUUUGACCCUUGUUGUACAGGUAGUUUAUUUAUCAUGGUCUCCAUGGUAACCCAGAGAAACAAUUGUACAAAUUAAUGAAUUCAAGAAAAAUUAUGUGACAUAGUCUGAUUUUUAGUACAAGAGAUUUUUACAUAUGUUAAUUGUUAUUGUCUUGAGAGUUUCUCAUACAUUGAGAUGUUUUCAUAUUGGCGAAGUUUGAUUGUAUUUGUUAAAGUCAUACAAAUGCAUGUUUAGGUUUUUAAUCCCAUUUCAUCUGGCAUGUUUGGACAUUUCUCACUUUUUAAUGAAUGAUAAGUCACCAUUUUGUUGUUUAUUUCUGUUUUAAUUAUUGCUUCACAAGAUCUCAAACAACAAUUGUUUACCAGCUGUGAAAGAUGAUGACACAAAACUAUGAUGGCAUAAUUGUUUGAUAAUAAUUUGAAAUGUUUACGUAAGGAAGAUACUUACAUGAACAAAAUUAUGGAGGGAUAUAUUUAGACCUGCACGGAGGCUGAUAUUCAGUCCCAUAUUUGCAGUAAUAGUCAGUACUAAUUUACAAACUGGAUUUAAAACUUACCUAAUUCAUGUUAUUUUUAUACAAAUAUUGUUCUGUGUUUACAAGGGUUACUUCCACUUACUGAUAACAGGAUCAGAAAAAACAAAGAGGCUGUAAAGUUUACUUUUACUGUAUUGCGUAAAUGAAAAGUUGAAGUAACUCUGAAUUACAUGUGCAGAAAAAUAUUUUAAGCCAAAUGAUUUCUUUCAAUUUCCCAGCCAUAGGUAAUUACUUCUGAGUUAAGUUCCUGUAUAAUGAUGAUCUGACAUUGUGGUCUGUUUAGGGUGAUAAUCUUUACUAGUUACUCUCUGGUGCUAGUGUGUCUUCAAAAGACACAAACACACAGACACACACUUUGUUUACUGCUGCUGUGUGGGAAUAUAUUAUUUGCCAUCUCCAUUUGGAACUCUUAUUCAGUGUGAAUGUGGAAUGAGUGAGUUGAGUUUUACGCUGCCUUUAGCAAUAUUCCAGCAAUAUCAUGGCGGGGGACACCAGAUAUGGGCUUCACACAUUUUACCCAUGUAGGGAAUCGAACCUGGGUCCUCGACGGGACGAGCGAACGCUUUAACCACUGGGCUAACCCACAGCCCGAAUGUGAAAUGAAUACAACAUAAUUUGUUAGGGUCGUAAAAAGUACUUCAGUACUGCUGGGAGGUUUGAAAAGAUAUUCGUUUUGGGGUCAUCUUUUUCAGUUUCUUACCUUUUAAUAAAUUGCCAUUUGCUAAAAGUCAUGCAUUUAUCAAUACAUUGUCAACAGCAUUUGUUAUUAACAUUUUUCCAUGUCUACUGUCACUCAAGAUCACAUCUUAUUGAUGACUUUUGUAGAUAACAUAUUUUACAUAAUUUUAUAUCUUUUCUAUUUUAGGUUAGAGUAAUUUACAAAAUACAAACUGUUGAUUGUACCACCUCAACAAUGUUUAUGAAUCCUGAACAAAGCCAGCCAAUGAAAUAGUUUAAUCAGGGAUCAAUGAUAACAACUUUGUGUGUGUUAACUGAUCUAUUUAUUAUUUUGUUGUCCAUCUACUAGUGAGGUAGUGUAAUUUAUUAUUUGUAGAUUUUGAACAAUUGUAUAUUCUUAACGGGUAUAUUUUUAUUAAUAUCCAAAAUGGUAAUAUUAUUGCCGUACGUUGUAAUGCUGCAAGACUCAUGGACAGUUAGAGAUAUUAGAUGUUAUUUUCAGCAUUGAUAUUGAGAAUAAUAUUUAUUAUGUUCAUGACUGAGUUAAUGCUUAUGUCUGCCUAUGGUAUUAAUCUAUGAUUUAAUGAAUUACUUUAAUUCUUGUGAUUGGUGUCUUUCUGGAUGUAAAUUCCUGGUACUAGUAGACGUGGGAGAUCCCCGCAAGAAAUUGUACAGAGAAUGAGCCUGGUGGGCUCCACAAUAGAUCGUCAGUAGAUACCAUGUGUAGAAACACACAAUGAAUGUGUGUAUGUGUCGUCAAACUAGAAAUGAUGAAAAUAAAUCCAUAUUUAUACCGUC